CAACCAAAAAAAAAAAACAAAAACAAAUUCAGAGCCACCACCGAGAAAACUCGCAAUACUCAUCGGAGUUAGGGUUUCCGAUCAGAAAGUUCAAAUCUUUUGCCAUUUCCCACUCUCUCACUUCUCCUCAAAUUGAACACCCAGUCCUCGACAUUUUCGGGAACGCAGUUAGGGUUUCGGCAUUAGCGGUUCCCAGAUGUUCACGCCGCUGAGGAAGGCGCCGGCGACGCCGAGGACCACCGACAAGGGCAAAGCCUUGGCGUACGUCGACGGUCCUCCGCCGCCACUUGGUUCUCUGAGCGAAAUCAGAAGCGGCGGCGGCGGGGCCAAAACGUCGCCGGAUUUGGACAAUGCCGAUUGGAGGCGGUUUAAGGAGGUUGGGCUGCUCGAUGAGGCGGCCAUGGAGCGCCGGGACCGCCAAGAACUCGCCAAUAAGGUCGCUAGGCUUGAGUCUGAGCUUCAUGAUUACCAACAUAGCAUGGGGCUUCUCCUCAUUGAGAAGAAAGAAUGGGCAUUGAAGCAUGAGGAGUUGAGCCAAGCAUUGGCUGAAACCCAUGAGAUUCUACACCGGGAGCAGAGGGCUCAUCUGAUUGCAAUUUCGGAAGUCGAAAGGCGAGAGGAGAAUUUGAGGAAGAUAUUGGUGGAGGAAAAGAGGUCUGCCGCUGAGCUCGAAAAGUCAUUGCGUCAAAUGCACGAGGAGUAUACCCGGAUAAAGCAUGCAUCUGACGUGAAGGUGGCUGAUGCGAAUGCGUUGAUUGUUAGUGUUGAAGAUAAAUCUCUAGUGACAGAUGAGAAGUUUCUUGCUGCUGAAGCCAAGCUUGCUGAGGCCAACAAAAAGAGUCUAGAGGUGGAGAGGAGGUUGCAAGAGGUGGAGACACGUGAGAGUGUGCUUCGGAGGGAGCAAGCGUCGUUAAGUACAGAGAGAGAGGCACACAAGACAACUUUUUACAGACAAAGAGAAGACUUGAACGAGUGGGAGAAGAAGUUAAAAGAAGGGGAAGAGAGGCUAAGCAAUCUUCGUAAAAUUUUGAACGAGAAAGAGGAAAAAACAAAUGAAAACGGUAUGAUUCUUAAGCAAAAAGAGAAAGACCUUUAUGAGGCUGAAAGGAAGAUUGAGUCUUCAAACUCUCUGUUGAAAGAGAAGGAAGAUGAUGUGAAUAAACGCCUAGCUGACAUAGUCUCAAAGGAAAAGGAGGUUGAUUCAGCUUCAUACAUCUUAGAGAUGAAGGAGAAAGAAUUACAUGCAUUGGAGGAAAAACUAAAUUCAAGGGAAAAUGUGGAGAUUCAAGAGCAUCUUGCCCAGCACAGGGCCAUUCUUGAUAGAAAAAUGCAGGCUUUUGAGUUGGGAAUUGAGGAAAGGAGGAAAUCUUUUGAGAAGGAACAGAGUAGCAAGAUAGAAGCGGUGGAACAAAAGGAACUUGAAAUCAGUCAUAAGGAAGAAAUAUUGAAGAAGCAAGAGAAAGCGUUGGAUGAGAAAUCAGAGAGGCUGAAGGAGAAAAAUAAGGAAGUUGAAACAAAUUUGAAAAAUUUGAAGGAGAAAGAGAAGACCUUCAAAGCUGAUGAGAAAAAGUUAGAGCUGGAAAGGCAGCAAAUACUUACUGAUAUAGAGCACCUUCAGAAUCUUAAAGAUGAAAUUCAGAAAAUAAAAGACGAAAAUGCUCAACUGGAGCAGCAAAUUCGUGAAGGCAGAGAGAAGCAGGGAAUUACCGAGAAAGAGAGGUCGGACCACGUACGUUUGCAGUCAGAACUGCAACAGGAGAUAAACAAUUAUAGACUUCAAAAUGAGUUACUUUUGAAGGAAGCUGAAGAUCUGAAGCAGGAGAGGGAAAAGUUCGAAAAAGAGUGGGAAGAUUUGGAUGAGAGAAGAGCUAAAGUUGAUGUAGAGCUUAGAAAAGUUGUUGAAGAGAAAGAAAAAUUGGAAAGAUUACAAUGUAUUGAAGCAGAGAGGUUGAAAGUAGAGAGACAAGCAGUGCAGGAUUACAGACAGAGGGAGAUGGAAAAUCUCAAGCAGGAGAAAGAAUCAUUUGCAGCUAAGAUGAGUAAUGAGCAGAUAGCCUUAUCUGAAAAGGCCCAAUCUGAGCAUGCUCAAAUGGUCCAAGAUUUUGAGUCACGGAGAAGAGAUCUUGAGAUUGAUAUGCAGAAUAGGCAGGAUAAGAUGAUAAAACAACUGCAGGAAAGGGAGAGAGCAUUUGAGGAGGAGAAGGAUAGAGAACAUACUAAUAUUAAUUUCUUGAAGGGAGUUGCUGAUAAGCAAAGAGAAGAGCUAUUAUCUGAAAGGAAUACGAAUGAAAAGGAAAGGGAAGCACUUGCACUGCAGAAAAAGGAGCUGGAAGCGAACCAACUUGAAAUGCGAGAAGACAUAGAUCAGCUUGACAAGCUUAGCAAGAAGAUCAAGUGCCAGAGGGAACAGCUGAUUGAGGAAAGAGGUCGCUUUCUUGCCUUUGUUGAGAAGGUUAAGAGUUGCAAGGACUGUGGAGAAAUAACAAGGGAAUUUGUUCUCUCUGAUCUCCAAGUACCUGGGAUGUACCAUGCUGAGGCUGUUCCUGAUUCUGAACAUAAAGAGUCAGGAUGGGGGAAAAAACUGCAACAGAAAUGCAAGUUAGUAGUUUCCAAAGCAACAUCAAAUAAAAAACAUGUUGUAUCUACUGAGUUACCACCACUAUCGGCUAUGCAGAAAGGAAAGGAACCCAACUUGCUUGCUGAUGAGGAAGCAAGAGGUGCUAGCAGUCAUGAAGUGCCUCAGCCAUCUGUUAGGAGAUGUAAUGACUCGGUCAAUGCUCAAGCAGUCGUAACUGAUAACAACUCUAAGAAGGUGGAUGAUGGGUAUGCUCCAUCAAUUGACGAUCACAGUUUCGUUGACAGCCAGGAGCAAGACAUUCCAGAAGAUUCUGAGCAAUCAGAGCUGAAAAGUGGCCGACGAAAACCAGCUAGGGGACGCAAGUCUAGAUUGUCUAGAACACACUCAGUGAAGGAAGUUGUUGAAGACGCAAAGAAAUUUUUAGGAGAAACUCCAGAAGCAUCAAAUGCAAGUUUGCUUAAUGAGAGUAGUUACAUAAAUGAAGGUGAUUCCAGUUUUACGAGCAUUGGUCGGAAACGAGCCCGCCCUCAGAGCUCCAGGAUAGAAAGCGAGCAAGAUGAUUGUGAUAGUGAAGGACGUUCUGGUAGUGUCACAGCUGGUGGGCGUAGGAAGAGGCGCCAACCCGUUGCUUCAGCAGUGCAAACCCCUGGAGAACAGCGAUAUAAUCUCAGACACCGCAAGACUGCAGGCACAUUGGCAGCAACAUCAGCAGCGCCUCACCUGAAAAGUACAAGGAAGGAAGAAUCAAAUCCUGAAUCUGUUGGUGUAGACCUGAUUCAGGUCACAACAUUAAAAACUGUGGAGUCAACAGAGGAGCGAGUUGUGAGGUUUGCAACACCAGAACCACAAGACACUGUUAAUGGCAAUGCUGAUGCUGAUGCAACGAAGUUGGUUGAAGAGACAGAGUUGAGUACGGAAGUGAAUGGCACAGAAUCUAGUGGUGGCAACAGCACAGGCGGUGAGAGUGACAACAGCACAGGUGAUGAGAGCGGCGAUGACUAUGAUGAUGAGGAUCAUCCUGGUCAAGCGUCAAUAGGGAAGAAGAUCUGGACCUUCUUCAGCACAUGAUGAGUCAAUUUAACUUGAACAAUUAUUGAACAUCUUUGUAAUGACAAUGACUUAGCUUCAGCAUCUUUAGCCCUGUAUUGAGUUAGCUUCAGUUAGUAGGCUCUCUUAGCUUUUUUUUUUUUUUCUUUUCUUUUCUCCUUAUUUGCCUUGUAAUCCCAUUACCAGCUGUAGCUCCUGCAAAUUGAUAAUUGAGCAGUCCGAUUGUAGAAGUGUAUAAAACAGCUCCUUGUUUCCUAAUGAAGUAAGGUUACAGAAUCAAGUUUUCAGA